UCCAUUCCAAAAUCUAAAAAAAAAAAAAAACUAACCAAAGCAUCGCAUAUUUAUAUUCAAACAAACCGAUGAAGAGUUACAAGUACCUUUCAUCAACAACAACACUCUCACUCUCCACACUCUAACCACCACACUCUCACCACCACUAUCCACUCCGGCAACUUCUCCGACCAUUCCCCGGCGGCCGAUCUCAUCGCAAAUCAUGGCGUCAGAAUGAAUCGCCUCCACUUGCGAUGUCGCUCUCCUACUCCAACUUCUUCCCCGAUGACGACCUCCUAUGCUGCGAGGAAACCUCCAGCAUCUUGUCCGGAGAUUCGCCGAUGGAAAGCUUAUCUGAUGUCGAUUCGUCUCCGCCGCCGGAGGAGGUGUUCAUCGCCGGAUUAAUCGAUGACGAACAUAAGUUCGUCCUCGGAUUUGACUACUUCUCUAAGUUACAGUCUCGCAAGAUCGAUGCAUCGGCCAGAACCGAAUCCGUUGCAUGGAUCCUAAAGGUACAGGCUUUUUUUAGUUUUCAACCGCUCACGGCUUAUCUCGCCGUCAACUACAUGGAUCGGUUCUUGAAUUCUCGGCAGUUGCCGCAAUCAAAUGGGUGGCCACUGCAACUUCUAUCGGUUGCUUCCUUGUCUCUAGCGGCCAAGAUGGAGGAAACUCUAGUCCCUUCUCUAUUGGACCUUCAGGUAGAAGGUGCCAAAUACAUAUUUGAACCCAGAACAAUUAGGAGAAUGGAGCUACUUGUUCUAAGUGUCUUGGAUUGGAGGCUAAGAUCAGUUACUCCAUUUAGCUUCCUCAGUUUCUUUGCAUGCAAGUUAGAUUCAACCGGAAUUUUUACCGGGUUCCUCAUUUCACGAGCUACACAAAUUAUCUUAUCUCAUAUCCAAGAAGCAAACUUUCUUGCAUAUUGGCCAUCAUGCAUUGCCGCAGCGGCUAUUCUCUAUGCAGCUAAUGAAAUUCCUAAUUGGUCGCAAGUUGAGCCGGAGCAUGCCGAGACAUGGUGCGAGGGGCUAAGAAAAGAGAAAAUUAAAGGGUGCUACAGGUUAAUGGAAGAACUUAUGAUUGACAAUAACCAAAGGAAAGCCCCUAAAGUGUUGCCACAGCUGCGAGUGACGACUCAGCCACUAAUGAGGUCAAGUGUCUCGUCAUCCUCCUCCUCUUCUCCUUCCUCCUCACCAUCCUAUAAUAAAAGAAGGAAAUUGAAUAACUGUUGGUGGGUAGAUGAUGACAAAGGAAACUCCCUAUGAAAAAAAAAAAAGAAGAAAAAAAAAAGAA